UGAAAACCGAGACUCUUCAUCACUCAGACUGGCUGUAAUCUUGUUUCUCAGAGUUCAAACCCAUCACGCCGCACUGAGCUUGUUUUUUAAAAGCUCCUGUAAGAAAGUUUCACCUGAAGAGCUGCUCUCAGGAGUUCUCUUGGCAUAUCAGUCAAAGCUGAGGGCACAUACUAAGUCAUGGGUGACAUGCUGGAGACAGUUCAGGUUUGGGACUCACCCAAUACCCCAGUGGAGGAGGGUAAGGAGGAUGUACUGCUGCGGGAGCUCUCGAAGCUACCAAUUGUGGAGCUCUGGAGGAUCCAGUGGGGUCUCAGUCAGUCAGCCCUGCUGCAGGACUUCCCCCCCAUCCCCCCACGCUGGCUGCGGUCUGCUGAUGCCUGCAGCACCGCCAAAACCAUGAUGAGGUGUUACCAGGAGGACAGAGCGCCAGCGGUGUUGGCCGCAGUCCAGACUCUAAUCGGCGGAAAUCAUCAGGUUCGCCCUGUACGCUUCACCAUGAUCCCCCUAAGACCUGAAUUAGAUCUAAAACCUGUCCAGGGCUUUGUGAAGACUCAGCGGCGGAAGCUUAUCAGCAGGAUCCAGAGACCCGGCCCCAUCCUGGAAGCCCUGCAAUGCUGCAGGAUCUUCAACACCUCAGAAAGGGAGGCCAUCGCCAUCUACGGAGCUUGCAAGGACAGGAACCGGGCUCUGGUAGACCUGCUCCUCAGGAAGGGGGAGGAAGCUCAGAAAGUGUUCUACCAUGCCCUUGGUCAAUCAGAACCCUUCUUACUGCAGGAGCUGGAAGAGGAUCACAUCAGGGGCAAGAAUGCCUCAGACUCAGUUGUCAUCAUGGAGAUGUUGGAGUUUCUGGUCACAGAUGAGCUCAAGUGUUUCCAGUGGUUGGUCAACAAAUACAUGACUGCAGAAAGUCACUCUCCUAUUGGUGGAGAGCAGUUGGAACACGCAGACAGACGGACGACGUGGAGACUUCUAGAAAAACUCUUUGGAUCCAAUCGGGCAGAACGUGUUGCCAUGGAGAUCCUGAUGAAGAUCGUGCCAAUGCUGUGUCUCUAUUUUCAAGCAGAAGCAGUGACAUCACUGACCUACUCUGACAUCAGGUUGGAGACAAAUACACCACAGGUUGAGAUUACACCUGAGGUCAGCGAGGAUGGGAGCAUAUUCAGGUUGCGCUGCCAGCAGCCCGGUGUGUUCAGGUGCAGUCUGACAGGCCUGGUGUUGGAGGGAUUUGGUGACGUGGUGUACGAGAUGGUUCCCUGGGAUGUGGACUUCCUGUCCUCUAAAGGGCUGCAGGUGGCAGGAGCUCUGUUCAGGUUCCACCUGCUGACUGGGAGCUUCCAGCGACUCCACCUGCCGCAUUGCCAGCUACUCUCAGAUGGUGGUCGGCACUUCCUAUCUGUAGCUCAUGUCACUGGGGACUGUGUGGAUUUUAUCACUCCAGGUCAGGUGACCGAUAGUCAUGUGACAGUUGAUAUCUCAGGCUUCUCGUGCUUUGGUCUGGUGACACCAGCGCCCAGUGACCAGAUUGCUGGCCUGGUGUUGAUCUUCUCUCAACCCACUAAUUCCACACUGUUCAUCCUGCUGCUGCCCAGGAAUGUCUGCCUCACUCAGGUGAGAAAGGAGUGGAAGCGACGGAUUGGGGCUGAGUACAUCGAAGCUAUUCCUGACUGCGAACUGAUCCCAAAUCACACAUACAAACUGAUCGGAGAGCCCGUCACAGUCAUCCAGCCAGAGACAUCAAAGUUCGUGAACUUCAGAGACUACAACAACUUCCUGCCGUCAUUCCAGGUGCAGCUGAAGGCUGGAGCCACACAAGUGAGGCUGCAGCUCAGGAGUCAUGUGGCUGGAUCCCGUCUGAUUGGCUGGCUGUUUGGCAACAAAGAGUGUGAGGUCUGGGCCCGAGUCAUCCAGCUGAAAGUGAAGGUGCUGGACUUGCAGGAGGAAGAUAUGACCCUGCAGCUGCUGCAGAUGCUGAACUGUCUCGGUUCAGAGGAUCUGAAAACCUUCCAGCGCUUCCUGAGUCUCCGGACUGACCCGAUCUCCGUCAGCCGACUAGAGGCCGCAGACAGAGCCAGAACUGUUGACCUCAUGGUCCAGAAGUACCACGCUGAGGGAGCCAAGGAGGUAACCGAGGAGAUCCUGAGUAAGAUGAACUAUAACCAGCUGGCAGCUGCUCUCAACAAGAGCUGAUCAAUCAGAAAACAGAUGUUUAAAAAAAAAAAAUAUUUAUAUGAUUAUUAAAUGUUUAUAAUUCUCUGUGUGAACAAGGUUUAGUGGUUUAUUUUUAC